AGUAACAGCAGCACAGAGAUUCAGGCAUCUGGCAGAGAAAGAGGAGGACAAUUAAUCAAGGAUGAGUUCCACAUAGACAUAGAGAUAACGCAUACACGUUAUAUCACGGACAGUACCAGCAGGCGUCUUACUGAACUGUUGUGAGAACUUUCGUUUUUCGUGUUGGGCUUCGAUAUUUUAACAUUUUAGUCCGUCGUUCAUUAACUGUGAUUAACGCAGAACUGAAAGCGGCGAUGCGGCAUAUAUUGGCGAUACUGAUCGGUUCUUGGAGUGUUCUAUGUUCCGUUCUGGCGAUCACACCUACAAAGGGUGCAGGUGUAUGUAAGACCGAGCUCUCAGUUGACGGAAUACAAGGGGAUGUCCUCCAUGACCUCUGUUCUCUGACCUCGACCCCCGGGGUCAGCCUCGUUCUCACGUGCAAAGAUCAAGAGAGUUUCAAAUGUCUCCAGCCUAUCGACCCCAUUGUGUUGGACGUAUGUCAGGAAGAAAACAAGCUCUCCAAGGUCGUCGCUAUCUCCAUGUCCAGUAGCAAGCAACAUGGGGGUAGCCUAUCGGUGGAGUUGUCACUGGUGGUACAUGACGAUGACGUUGCCGAGGUCUUGGACGUGUUUCAAGUUCACUCAAGUCUCCAGUCCACCAGCGAGGGGGUCACGAGACUCGAGGCUAUUGGCAGAGACAGACAGACCAGGAUCCAAAUUGCCCUUCACCGAACCUGUAUCUCACCUAGCAUGAUGGUUCUAGACCGGUCUAGGAGAGAAAACAAACUGGGUAAUGGACCUGUUCAGAUCAGUAUCACAGACCGCUUGUCGAGUAGUUCAGCGAGAGAAGAGAGUAUCUUCUCCGGAGAAGGCGAGCAGUGGACUUCAUCUUUGGACGACCUUGUGAAGGACUCUCUCCAUCGGCUCCAGGAGCGGAUGACAGACGCAAUGAAUUCGGUUUCUUCCAGCAUUGCUACGGCUUCUGAUACUCCAGGAUCUACCUCUGUGCAGACGGAAACGGAAACACAAGCGACGACGCCUUCGACUUCACCAACAUCUACUGAAUAUGCAACAAUGUCAAAAACACAAACAGUUUCGGAUGCAACAACUACAUCGACACCAUAUACAACCACUGAGACUACCCGAGUUUCAUCAGCCCCACCCACAAAGAAGACUGCUGAAGUUGAGAGGGAUAUAGAACCCAAACCAGUCAAUAGAAAGCCAGGUUUAAUGGAAGAUGAGGAAUUUAAAUGGGCAGCUGAUGAACAAGAACCUCGUGUCAUAAAACAGAUAAAUGAUCAGGAUUUUCUUGAUCAGCUUUUGGACUCUCUCCGUGACGGUGCCAAUGUUAAUCCUGUCAGAGGCCCUCCUACACCUCUAUCUUUCUCUAAACCGCAUGUUCCAACAACUACUUUGUCGACAACAACUACUGUCCCACCACCAGUGCCUACAAGAACUACGCCUGGCGUUUCGUCUUCAGUAAAAACACCAUCAGCUCGAGGAGUAGACUUCAACCCAUGGUCAGAAAUAAUCAACCCAAAAUCAACCAACGGCACCGAUGGAAGUCCAAGUGAUGAGAAAGUAAAGUUAAAUAUCGGUGUGGGUGAUGGCGAGACAAACGAUGAUCUGAACCCUCUUGUAGGUGUGCCAACAGGGAAGCCAGUGGUAAACGCAGAUGAUGCAGCGACGAGUUCAAUUACUCUACCACGUCCAAGCCCAACUACAGCAUCAACAACAUCGACAACAGCGACAACAUCUGCAACCACAACUCCAGAUUUGACAAGUAGUGGGUUGCAAGAAACAUUCUCAUCAAAGACGACAGACUCCACAACAAGGGCCGGGACGACAAACCGUUUCGUACCAGACAACCCACCAAUCGCUAGAGUGACAAAACAAGCACCAAAAGAAGAAAUUUCUCCGAGAACCCCUGACACAACUACAGUGGUAUCAACAUCUACGGCAUCAACACCCGCAGGUGAAACCGUGUCGCCAGUCACUACAUCUAAUAACAAACUUAGAGAGUUGAAGUUGAUAGACACAACAACCGACUCUGGGAACACUCGUAACGAUGUCAUCAGGGCAGGGACAACAACUGACAAAUCUAUAGGCACAACACAAACCCCUACGUCUACGACCCUAGAAGCAUCAUCAUCAUCAUCAUCAUCAACAACAAGAACAACUACUACACCAACCACAACACCGACUACGACAACUAUUACAACGACAGAGGCAACAACGGCAAAGAAAUCAGCCACUACAUCGACUACACGGUCAACUACUCCAACACCAAGUACGACUGCAACAACAACAACAACAACAACAAUUAACCCGAGUCCAUCCACUCGCAACAAUAAACCUAAUCCUCCAUCAACAGCUACCGCAACGACAACUUCCACCACCCCAACCACCACAACGAUUAACGUCACAAAAACGUCACCAGCUUUGAAAGCAACUACACCUGUGUCACCUGGAAUCAAUUCCUCGUCAACAUCAACACAGGCACCGCCCAGCACUACUACCGUGAUAACAACUCCUUUUGAAGAUCUGUCAUCAGGACACACGCCAGGCCCACUGCUAGCUACCAGCAGUGAGUCCAAAGCUGGAGGACUUUCUGUUUCCGUUUCGGGAGAUCCGGAAAAUGACGACACUUUCUGGCCUGUCGUGGCAGCACUGGUGAUUGGGAUACCGUCGAUCAUCGUGUUUGGAAUAGCUAUAACUGUUAUACAUAAAAGGAGGUUAGGCCACCCUACUCGUUUUAGAUCACAGUCCACGUACCCAUCGCUUUAGUGCGCACGUCACGCUUCACCCCAGCACCCACAAGUCAAGGAAAAUCGACACCAGCCGAGCAUUUUAUUUAGGCGGGCACCACCACCGGCAUUCAAUUGAUGUUUGACAUUCUCCGAUAAGCCAAGAG